GUGGAGGAGAGCGGUGUGGCGUUCUGUCUCCUGCCAUGUCUGGCCGUACCCGCGCCCCGGCCGCGCCUGUUGCUGCGCCUUUUUGGGAGAUGCUGACGCUGCUGGCCCGGGAGCCAGGCAUGGAGUGGCUGGAGCUGGUCCUCGCUGGGCAAGCGGCCCCCUUCUCGCACCACGGCCGAGGAGAACCGUGUGGGAUGGUGGCGGUGGCGCAGCCCGGCGGCUCCCGGGGCCGCGGGGAGCGUGGCGUGGCGGUGGCUGGAAGGAAUUUUAGUUGUCCUCGGAAGCAUUCCUUGGGACCUUGGCCUCUGAAGACUUUGUCGUUGCUGGAAUGCUCAGGGGACAGUAGGCUAUGGCAAGACUACCUCGAAGGCCUGAAGAAAUUCCUUGUCUUUAGGAAAAGCAUGGGAAUGCCUGCAGCCUGGCCAAUACCAGAGGAGCAAGUUAGAGGCUUUUUGGCUGUGGAGUCUCUUUAUUCAUCCCCAAAGACACUGAUACAUGUGGCGGCACUGUCUUAUUUAUCAAAACUGACUGGAAACCCUGAUCCUCUGGAAGAUUCUAUAACCCGUUGCAUGGUGGUAGGGUUGAAACGUCGAGUGGGAAUCCUGAGGGAUAAAUAUUUGCCUAUAACAAUUGAGGUGUUACGAUCUCUCUUAGGAGCUCUGGAGUCUGUAUGCAUAACAUAUUAUGAGUGCUUACUGUUCCGUGCAUUAUUUACUGUAGCUUUUUUUGGGGCUCUUCGAAUAGGAGAGAUGGUGGCAAAGCGCCAUAAUGUACUGCAGCCUGAGCUGCUGUACCUGAGUGACCUCCAGCUGAUGGAGAGGAGAGUGUUGCUUUGCCUGCAUAACUCUCCAGUGGGUCAGGAGAGACAUGUCAUCAGCCUUGGGCUGUCUGGAGAGCCAUGGGUGUGCCCUGUUCUGGCACUCUGGAGCUACCUGGCAGUUCGUUCACGGCUGGAAGGGCCACUCUUUUUGCACUCAGAUAAUAGGACUGUAACGAAGAAGGAGUUCCUGACAGUUCUCCGAUGGGCCCUGCGGCUGCUGGGGCUGUGCCCGGAGCAGUAUGGUGUGAAUUCCUUCUGGCUGGGAACCGCUGUCACAGCUGCACGCUGUGGGUAUCCUGGGGAAGAUGUCACUCGCCUGGCAAGAUGGCCCUGUAUGAUCCCAGAGAGGUCAUAGCCAUGGAGACC